ACGAAGGACGGGUGCAUUAAAGCAUUUUCAUACCACUUGUGUGUUUAUUAAAAAAUAGGAUUUGUCUUUUCUCAAGUAAUUCAAGUUGUGAAUUUAAUAUCAUGCAAUUGUUUAUUGUGGAAACACAACAAAAGGCUGUUCAAAUUAUUAGUAUAAACUAAAGCAGGGAACAAGAAAACCAGAAACACUAUCAAUUAAAAUCAAGAAAAUGGAAAAUUUAGAUGGAAAUGUUGACAUUGAAACAACAUCGUCAGAGGAGUAUAUUCCUAAUAUUUGCGAACAUUGUGACAGUAAUGGAAAGCGUGCUGAAGCCGAUGGGUUUUGUGUUGAUUGCAGUGAAUAUUUGUGUAACUGCUGUUUGUUGUACCAUGCUAAGUAUAAACCUGAACAUUCAACUAAAAGUAAAGAUGAAAUGCCGCAGGAUGUACGUUUUGAGAAAUGUUUGAAGCAUCACAUAAAACAAAUGAAGUAUUUUUGCACGGAAUGUAAUAACUUCGCAUGCGCAGAAUGUAUAACAAACGAAGGUUGUUAUCACGAAGACGGAUGUCGAAAUAAAACAUGGACAUCUCUUUACAAAGUUGCUUGGGAAAACAAGGUAUCGAAAACACAAGUUGACACGAAACUUGCUGAAGCAACUGAUAAACUGGCAAACAUUGAAGACACAAUCGAUAAAUUAACGACAAAAAGGAAAGAUAAAAUUCGAGAAUCUAUAAAACAACACAGACAAAAAUUAGAAAGUAAGAUCAAAGAGCUUGAAUGUCAUUUCCUGAAGAAAAGUGAUGAGAUUGAAAACACGUUUAAACCGUCGAUAGAUUCUCUGUCGUGCAACGUUCAGUCAAUGAAAACCAUGUUACGUUCUGUUGAUUCUCAAUCGGAUAACUGCUGCUCAAACUUUAUUGCCGUCAAAAACAUGGACCGGAGUAUUGCUCCAGUAGAGAAGGGUCUUGAAUGCUUAAAGAAGCAAACGGAAAUUAUGGCAUACGAAUUCAAAGCAAACCCAAGCCGCAUAGUUGACAAAUCAGACUUUGGAAACAUAUUGUUCUCAGAAACUUUCCUGACAAAAACAGCGUGUUAUAAGAACGAUAUUGAUGUUAAUCUGUACUAUAGAUGGAUUUAUCCUACAAAUAUGAAUGAUGUAUUAAUCAAAGAUGAUCUACUCGUUGUUGUAGCAUACAUGUGUAGUGCCAUUGUGUUGGUUGACCCGAUCAAGCAAAAUGUUUUAUCACAAUUAUUUAUGUCAUCAAGUCCAAAGAGUGCAGUAUCCAUAAAUGGGGCUGGAAUAGCAGUAGCUCUACCGCUUGAUGGGAAAAUCAAAUUGUUUGACAUUAUUAACUCAGAAUUUGUCGAUAGAAAAAAAGACAUAGAAGUUGAAAAAGAUUGCUGCAGUCUGGCAUACAGUAAAAGUCAAUGUUGUCUGUAUGUGUCAUAUAAAGAACCAACAAGCAAAAUCACUAUACUAAAUGAAACUGGUAAAGUAGUUCGAUUAUUGGAUAGAGACUGUUUGGGAAAUAAGUUGUUUAUGAGUCCACGAUAUAUAAUUCUAAGCUUGGACGAAGAAUCGCUCUAUGUUUCUGACGCACAUAGAGAUGCGGUGGUGAAAAUUCAUUCCGAUGGUAGAAUUGGAGCUGUCUUUAAGGACGAGGAACUAAAUCGUCCAAGAGGAUUAGCGAUAGAUGAACAUGGGACGGUUUUUGUUGCUGGCAUGUAUUCAAACAAUAUUUUUCAAUUAACCUCGAACUUAACAAAAAUCGGAAUCCUCCUUGGAUCGAAAGAUGUAUAUGGGCCUUUGAGUAUCGCAAUUGAUAAGCAUACAGAGAAAGGAUGUUUAUACGUGGGUAUGAGAAAAAAAUACUAAAAUCAAAACAUUCGAAAUCAAAUGCAUACAAGAAACUAUCCUUUUAUAAUGCAUUAAAAGCACAAAACAAAGAUAGAUAAAGUUUUCGUAAUAAGAAGUUUGGUUGACUGACGUCGACGUUUAGUGGACAAGUAAAUUUGGUGUUAUGAGUCAAACUUUAUAUUUGUAAGGUACUUUAGGCACCAUUCUAGUAUAAACAUAUCGUCUGGUUAAACUUAAGCUUAACAAAUUAAAUGACAUGUCACACUGUCACGUGUUUAUUUUUGAGGGACAUGUGUGUACCUGUAAAAGUGGUAACUAGUUUAAUGCUGGAUGUAAAAGCAUAAGUUUUUUUAAUGUUUGUAUAAGUGACACUUUAUAUGAAAGAAUAGUUAUACAUUAAGUUAUAUUGACAUCUUUAAGUAAGCAAAAUAAUGUAAUACUACUUAUUUGUUAGAACAUAAUGUACAGUAUGUAUGGAGUAUCUAUCUUUCUUAGCUUUCCUAUUUCAACGAAUUUAUUGCAUCUAUUUUGACCGUGCUUUGUAGACUGCUGUGGACUUAACACUUAUUUACAAUCAAUACUUAUUUACAAUCUUUUUUAUUUUGAGAAUAAUCUUUACUAGAAUUUCCAACGAACAUUUUUGUAAAUAAAUCUAUAUUAAUUAACCCAUUACUGAAUGAGCAUUUACUUAAAAAAUGACUGUUUCUUCGAAAAGACUCCUGUUACAAUUUCAAAUUGCUAUGAAACUAUAAAAAAUGCUUUAAUUUAAUAGUGAUCAAAUUUGGCACAAAUGUUUACUGGCAACGGCAUGCUCAAUCUUAAAUUGCCUCUUAACACGGCAACGAGGGGACAUCACAAAAUUGCCAAAAAUCACUAUUUUGCGUUGACUUUUUUUUCAUCAAAACCGAUUUCGAAGUGCUGCAACUUCUCAAUAGAAUUAGAUAAGAGUUGCUUACACGUUACCUUAAGAUAGACCUGAGGCAAAUUUUAGCGAAUGAUGUAUCUUUUUGAUAGGGGACGGCGCCGAAAAAAUUAUCUUUUUUUACAAUAUCUCUCAAACGAAAACAAGUGUUUCGAGUCCAAAUAGGACAUUUUUUCACUAUUUGAAGCCUUAAAAGGGGAGGGGGGUUCUAUAUAAAGUAAUGGAUUAAAUGUAUCUGAAGUAAUGGUUUAAAUGUAUCAUUUUAAUGUGCCCGAGCAUGUUGCCUUUAAAGACAACAACCCGGAUUUACAAGUUGCUCUGGACAACGACUCGAAUGAUUAAAAAUAAUUUAUUUUCUGCUCAGUCAUAUAUUUAAAGAUUGUUUUCAUCGUUUGAUUUUUGGCCCAGUCAUGAUCAUAUAUAAUGGUACAUUCGUUUUUACGUCGAUCAAAUAACUUUGUCGUAUUUUUGGUAUAAUGAUUUAUUUUCAGCGCUACGCUACACUAAAACCAGAUUGCAUAAAGUUUAUAUGUAACAGGUUUUAGUUGAAUAGUCACGCGCACUCAGUGUGUUUUCAUCAAAUAUAAAAACCAACCAAGCAAAGGAGAUUAAGUGAUAAUGAAUGGCCUUGAGCUAUUCAUCGAGUUUUGGAUUAUCAAUUAAAGUACCAGACAUGCCAAAAAUACAUUUGCACAACUUUGUCAUUGUAUAAUAAUUAUAACCAUUUUCUGCUUUCAUUUAUUGUGUGCGCUUGCAUAUUAUAACAGAGUUAUUUAGAAUUACAAGAAGAACAGGCCACAAAAUUGAGCUAUGUUAAGCAAAAGGACGUCCUGAAAUAUAAUGACGUUUCAAACAAAAAUUAAGAUUCUUUAUGCAGUCACCACUGACCAAUAUAGAUUUAUAUUAGUUUUGAUAAAAACCUAACAAGAUGAAUAAAUGAUUUACAAAGAGAAAAAUAUUUGGCCCAGUAACUUAAUGAUUUGUUAAAAGGCUAUUUCUAUGUAACAAAGGGUCAUAAUUCAAUAACACAAUGAACUUCAAUGAAAUUUGAAAUAAUUUCCUUAUUGAAACACACAUUCAGUAUACAAUCAUCAUUGUAUUAACCAUAUUUUGCAAGGAUUUUAGUGUUUGGCUAAGUAAAAGCAUCAUUUAAUUUCAUUUAUCAACGGUUUUUAAGAAUAAAAUUUCUAUCAGUUUAUUUUAUGUACAAGUUUUUAUGUUGAUCCACUGUUUUGUUAUUCAGUAUUCAUUUUGACUUUUUUAAACUGAA